GUCUGCGUGAACUGGUUUCUGGCAACGGAGAGAUGACUUCCCAAAAAACAGACGUGUUAUGCUUCUUUGUCAACGGAAAAAAGGUAUCGGAGAACCAUGCAGACCCUGAGACCAUGCUGCUGUCCUUCCUCAGAGAGAAGUUGAGGUUCACGGGAACAAAGUAUGGCUGCGGCGGUGGAGGCUGUGGGGCAUGUACGGUCAUGGUGUCCCGAUACCGACCCGUCACCAAAACCAUCACCCAUUACGCCGCCAACGCCUGCCUGCUGCCGAUCUGCCAGCUUCACGGAGCCGCUAUCACCACAGUGGAGGGCAUCGGCAGCACAAAGACCAGGGUCCACCCAGUACAGGAGCGAAUAGCAAAGGCUCAUGGCUCUCAAUGUGGCUUCUGCACUCCGGGGAUGGUGAUGUCUAUGUACGCUCUGCUGAGGAACACACCUCAGCCCUCUAUGGAUGACAUCGCAGAGGCUCUGGCUGGUAAUCUGUGUCGCUGUACUGGGUAUCGGCCUAUUAUUGACGGCUGCAGGACCUUUUGUCAGGAGGCCAACUGCUGCCAGGAGAGUGGGGUUACCAACUGUUGCAUCAAUGGAGAGAAUGGAAACAGCGAUGAAGCAGAAUAUCCACAGCUGUUCGACAAAGACCAGUUUCAGCCGCUGGAUCCAACACAAGAACUCAUCUUCCCUCCAGAACUGAUUCUGACCUCUCAGACCCCCAGGCCGGAGCCGCUGACCUUCCAGGGGGAGAGGAUGACCUGGGUGUCCCCCGGCUCCAUGGACCAGCUGGUCCAGCUGAGGAGCAGACACCCUGGAGCGCCGUUGGUCAUGGGCAACACCAACAUUGGUCCAGAUAUUAAGUUCAAAGGCAUCAUCCAUCCACUGAUCAUAUCUCCAACCAGAGUCACGGAGCUGUUUGAGACCACUCAGACACCAGAGGGUGUCUGGGUCGGAGCGGGUUCCAGUCUGUCAGAGGUGCGGACUCUUCUGGAGAACCUGGUCCCUCAGUAUCCACCAGAGAAGACCGAACUGUUCCGAGCCCUGAUCAAGCAGCUGGGGAACCUGGGAAGCCAACAGAUCCGGAACGUGGCUUCUCUUGGAGGGAAUAUCGUGAGUGCUUAUCCAAAUUCCGAUCUGAACCCGGUCUUGGCUGCCGGACGCUGCAAACUGAGUGUUGUUUCAAGUGGAGGCAAACGGGAGGUUCCUCUAAAUCAAGACUUCUUUGUGAACUUUGGAAAAACCAUCCUGAAGCCCCAUGAGAUUGUGGUUUCAGUUUUUAUUCCCUUUACCAGAAAGGGGGAGUUUGUCGGCGCUUUCCGCCAGGCUCCGAGGAAGGAGAGCUCCUUUGCCACAGUGACGACUGGGAUGAGGGUGUUCUUCUCCGAGGGAUCCAGAGUGGUCCAGGACAUCAGCAUUUAUUAUGGAGGAAUGGGUCCGACGACUGUUAGCGCCGUCAAAACGUGUGCAGCCAUUGUCACGAGGCAGUGGGAUGAUGAGACCCUGGGCCGGGCCUACGAAGUCCUCCUGGAGGAGCUGGUCCUCCCUCCUUCAGCUCCCGGAGGAAAGGUGGAGUUCCGUCGCUCCCUCACCCUCAGCUUGUUGUUUAAGUUCAACCUGGAGGUCCUGCACAAGCUCAGACACAUGGAUGUGAUCACAGAUGAGAUUCCUGAGAAGGUCCAGCCUUUACCCAGAGAGAUCCAGCCCAGCCUGCAGGAGUUCCAGUCUGUGUCACAGGAGCAGAAUUCCCAGGACCCAGUGGGCCGUCCCAUCAUGCAUCGCUCUGCCCUGAGUCAGGCCACAGGUGAAGCCGUUUACUGUGACGACCUCCCCAGAACCGAUGGAGAGCUUUUCCUGGCUCUGGUCACCAGUUCACGAGCGCACGCUAAGAUUAUACAGCUGGAUGUGAGUGAGGCUCUGAAAGUACCUGGAGUUGUUGACGUCAUCACAGCCAAAGACAUACCAGGGCGGAAAGUCCGGACGAUGUGUGGUUAUGAUGAGGAGCUGCUGGCAGGAAGUGAGGUGUCGUGCAUUGGUCAGAUGGUCUGUGGUGUGGUCGCCGAUACGAGAGCGCACGCCAAACGAGGAGCGGCGGCCGUGAAGAUCAGCUACGAAGACCUGCCUGAACCCAUUUUCACCAUAGAGGAAGCCAUUGAGAAAUCCUCGUUCUUCGAACCACGCAGAAGAAUCGAGAGAGGAAAUGUGACUGAAGCCUUUAAAAGCGUUGACCAGAUUUAUGAAGGGGAGCACCGUAUGGGGGGUCAGGAGCAUUUUUACAUGGAAACUCAGAGCAUGCUGGUCGUCCCAGUCGGUGAGGAGAGAGAGUUCAACAUUUAUGUAUCCACUCAGUGGCCAGCAGCGACUCAGGAAGCGGUUGCACAAACGUUGGGCAUCCCAUCGAACAGAGUCACCUGUCAUGUCAAAAGGAUGGGCGGAGCUUUUGGAGGAAAAGUCACAAAAACGUCCAUCUUGGCGUCUGUCACAUCCGUGGCUGUGUGGAAGACCAACCGUCCAGUGCGCUGCAUCCUGGAGCGAGGUGAGGAUAUGCUGAUCACAGGAGGACGCCACCCAGUGGUGGGAAAAUACAAGGUGGGGUUCAUGAAUGAUGGAAGGAUCAUAGCAGCUGAUAUUCAGUUCUAUACCAACGCUGGCAACACUAUCGAUGAGUCAGUGCUGGUAAUUGAGAAGAUUCUACUCCACAUGGACAACGCCUACAACAUCCCCCACCUGCGAGGAAGCGGGGCAGCGUGCAGGACCAACCUCCCCUCCAACACGGCCUUCAGGGGCUUCGGCGUCCCCCAGAGCCUCAUGUUUGUGGAGAAUAUGAUCACAGAUGUGUCCAUGGUUCUGGGACUCCCUGCAGAUAAGAUCCGUGAGAUCAACAUGUACAGGGGUCCGUCAGUCACCCACUACAAGUACCAGUUCAACCCAGAGAAUCUGCUGCGCUGCUGGGACCAAUGCAAGGCCAAGUCCACCUUCAGCUCCAGACGCACGGCUGUCGACCAGUUUAACCAGCAGAACCAGUGGAAGAAGAGGGGCAUGUCCAUCAUCCCCAUCAAAUAUGGCAUCGCAUUCGGUGAAGGAUUCUUAAACCAGGCUGCGGCGCUGGUCCACAUUUAUAAAGACGGUUCUGUUCUCGUCACUCAUGGUGGGACAGAGAUGGGUCAGGGAAUCCACACCAAAGUACAACAGGUGGCGAGUCGGGAGCUUCACAUCCCGACCUCAAAGGUCUACAUCAGUGAAACCGGCACCAACACCGUCCCCAACACCUGCCCCUCAGCUGCCUCCUUCGGCACCGACGCCAACGGCAUGGCGGUCAAGAACGCCUGCCAGACUCUGUAUCAGCGACUGGAGCCAAUCAGGAAGAAGAACCCUAAAGGAUUAUGGGAAAGUUGGGUCACAGCAGCUUUUUUCGAGAAAAUCAGUUUAUCAGCAACUGGAUUCCACAGGGGCCCUGACCUGUACAUGGACUGGGAGGCGAUGGAGGGCCAGCCCUACGCCUACUUCACAUACGGAGCCUGCUUCAGCGAGGUGGAGCUGGACUGUCUGAGCGGGGACUACCGGACGCUGAGGACAGACAUCGUGGUGGACAUCGGCAGGAGUGUGAACCCCUCCGUGGACAUCGGACAGGUCGAGGGUGCGUUCAUGCAGGGUUUGGGUCUGUACACCCUGGAGGAGCUGAAGUUCUCCCCCUCUGGUCUCCUCUACACUCGAGGUCCGUCCCAGUACAAAAUUCCCGCCGUAUGCGACGUUCCGCUGUCCUUCAACGUCUACCUGCUUCCAGACUCGUACAACCCCCACGCCAUCUACUCGUCUAAGGGGAUUGGAGAACCGGUUGUGUUCCUGGGCAGCUCUGUGUUCUACGCCAUCAAAGACGCGGUGGCGGCGGCCCGUUCACAGUCGGGUCUGGCCGGUCCGUUUCCACUGGACAGCCCCGCCACCGCUGACAAGGCCUGCCUCGCCUCUGCAUCCCACUUCACUCAGAAGGUUCCAGUUCCUAAACCUGGAGUUUUCAAACCGUGGGCUUUAAACAUCUGAUCAUCUCACACACACACACACACACACACACACAGUUUGAAUCAAACCUGUUCACGGUCGUUUCCUUUGAGGCCGAUCACACGUCGAUGUACUGUGGUCUGCAGACGACGGCCCCUGAAGAACAAACAGGAAGUGAUGUCAUUGACAAACACAUCAAGAAAAAAAAAAAAUCACGUUCUCAGAUUUUUUUGAUCCUUUCGUCAAAGCUAAUGUUAGCGUUGUCUUCUAAUCAGCCACAGAUUCACCUGUUUGUCCAGUUUUUUAAAACCACUUUCAGCACAGUUUUAUAUGAAUAAUGCAUCUUUUAUAGUUGUAUAAAAUUAUUGAAAUGAUUGUUUUUACUGAUAUAAAUGUGAAAUCUCUUCAAUGUACCUGCAAAGGCCACACUGUAAUAAACCUCUGUAUCUGCAUGUACUAAUAACAUGUCAACACUAAAUAAAGGCUCAGU